GAAAUUCUACUCUCAUUUUCUCUCAUCAAUCUCUUUGUCCUAUAAAUAAAAUAACCAUGAGAUUGAUCCACUCAGCAUUGCUGCUUUCUCUUUCGCUUUUGUAUAUUCCAAAUCCAAUUUCAGCUCACUUCUUUACCAACGUAUCUUCAAUUCCGCCAUGGCUAAACGCAACAGGAAGCAAUUGGGAAUCGUUCCACAACCUCUCCGGUCACCACUUUGGUCAAAGAGUCGACGGCUUGAACAGGCUCAAGAGUUACUUACAUUACUUCGGUUACAUCAACGGCACGUCGAACUUCACCGACGAUUUCGACGAUGCACUCAAGUCAGCCGUCGAAACGUACCAGAAAAACUUCAACCUUAACGUCACCGGAAGUCUCGACAACCACACCGUACAGCAGAUUAUAAAACCCAGGUGCGGCGUCGCCGACAUCGUCAACGGUACCUCGGCCAUGAACUCCGGAAAAUCGAACGCCACCUCGUCCUUCCUCAGCAUCGUCGCUCGCUACGCGUUUUUUCCCGGCGAACCUCGUUGGCCCGAAGGCCACUACGACCUAACCUACGCGUUCAAUCCAGAAGAAAACAUCACCGACGAGAUCAGGGGCGUGUUCGCACGCGCGUUCGACCGUUGGUCCAAGGUGACGCCGCUAACGUUCGAGCUGUCAACCUCGCCGAACUCGGCGGACAUCACGAUCGGGUUCUUCAACGGCGAACACGGCGACGGAGAGCCGUUUGAUGGGAUCUUGGGAACGCUGGCCCACGCGUUUUCGCCGCCGAGCGGGCGGUUCCAUUUGGACGCCGCCGAGUCGUGGGUCGUCGACGACGACGUCAACAAGUCCACGUCGCUGGCGGCGAUCGAUCUGGAGUCGGUGGCUGUGCACGAGAUUGGGCAUUUGCUUGGGCUCGGACAUUCGUCGGUGGAGGAGUCGAUCAUGUACCCUGCGAUCACGACGAGGACUAGGAAGGUCGAGCUUCAAAGCGAUGAUAUUAUGGGGAUUCAGUACUUGUACGGAGCGAACCCGGCGGGUAACAAUGGUUCAUCUACGCCGUCAUCUGGUCGUGAAACUAGUGAUGGUGGUGGCGCAUUGAUUUCGAGCUCUCUGUUGAGCAUUCGAGCCUUUUUGGCCGUUGGUGAUUUGUAUACAUGA